CCGGCUAAUAAAAAAAAAAAAUAGUAAUGUCUAUGCUUAUAGCGUGCGGUGCAAAAGCAGUGUCCAUAAUAUUAAUAUUUGACGUCUGACAGUUUGUACUUAUUCAAAUUUGUAAAAUUAACGUUAAAUUAAAUCCACGCUAACUGAAAAAUCAAAAUAUUGUGAGUUGUGAUAAAUGCUACAGUAUGUCGGACAUCGAAGAAGAGAAUAUGAUGACAUUUCGUACCGGAAUUGGGGAAAUAUCAGUAGGUGGAUUUAGCAGAAACUCAAACUCACAAAUGAUGUCAAUGAACAAUGUUGACAUCAAUUCCAAUCGCUACAAGCUGGAUCUUCCACAAACCGAUGUCCGGAGUAUGUACCGUGAACGAGCAAUAUCUCCAUUUUCUUUAAGAAGUGAUGUUGGACCGCCUCGAUUUCAUCCUGGACAAUAUGCGAGUUCUCAUAGAUCUCAUUUUGAUGGCAGGAGUAGAUCUCCAAUGUCGAUCCGUAGUGUUGAUACAACAAGAACUGUUAUUGACAUAACAAAUGCUCUUAAGUUUGAAUCAUUUAAUACACAUGAACUACAGAUUAUUAAAGAAAUAGUUUGCCGGAAAUUAAAACUAAAACUUAGAAGAAGGUAUGAAAAGAAUAGACAUAAGUCUAUGGUAUUCAAAAGUAACCGAAGUAAUAUAGUUAGACACAUUAGAAGUAUGAAAUGUUUAGACAGAGAUAGUAGUGAAUCGCCUAUAAGUAGCAAUGAAGAUGAUGAACACAGGUUACUUAAAAAUAAGUCAGUUCUUAAAGAACCACAUAUAAGUCAAGUAAACAAAUCUUUAAUCAUAAAUUCAAUCAAUAAUAAAGAUCAAUACAUAAACCAUACAAUUGCUUUAAAAAAAAAUAUAUUUUCAAUUAAUCAAAAAGAGACUAACAAUUUUGCUGAAGUAGCCAAGCCAGACUCCACUCAAACAUGCAAUGAAGGGCAAAAAUGCAAUGAAGGGCGAACAUUAAAAGAUUGUUUUCCAAGUGAAUAUAUGUUUCCAUCUCAAAGGUUCAAUAAUACAACAGAAAUUGAAAAUAAUUCUAAAGAUACACCUAAAUUGACAGUAAGCCAAGAAAGUCUUAGCAGUGAAAAUGAAGAAAUAUUUUCCGACAGUGAAAAUAGAAAACGAACCUUUAAUCAUCAAGUCAAUAACUCUCCUAAGAGAAUAAAACUUGCAAAUAGUGUUACAAAUUCUAAAUUAAAUUCUUUAAAAGAUGCUUUUAAAAAACCUUUGGUACCUAAACUAAAAGACACUAGUAAUACAAAAGAAAUUGUUAAUUCUAAGAUAGUUCCACCCACAAUUCUGGUGAAAAACAUAAAUGAAGUACCUGGAGGUAUUCAAAAUAAUAUGUAUGAAUGUGAGGAAUCAAAAUUAGCUGAAGUUUCUUUGAAAUCUAGUUUUUCAAAGCGAAAGUUAUUCACACAGAAAGUAGAUUUUUUAAACUCUAAAGAAAUAUCUGCUGCAGCUGGACCAAGUCCCCAAACCAAAAUUGACAAUAAAGAACGGAAUAAAACUAGGAAACUAGUAACAACACAGUCAUGUCUAAAUAGAAAUGUUUCUGAUGAGGAGGACAAUGUAAUGGAUUUAAUUCACAAAAUAGUACCUGCUGAAGAAAUAUAUGCAACAUCCAGUAAAACAAAUACCGUCACAGAUGACAAAUUUGAUAGUGAUGUUAGUGAUACAUUUACUGAUGAAACACUCAAUGGCACAGUUUUUGAACAGACCAAUAUUGACAAGGAUAAAAAUGGUAAAUUGGCGAGCUCAUCGAAAUCAAAAGAUCGUAGAGUUCCAAGACAGAAUAUUCUUUCUCAGAAUUCAAGAUCUUCUAAGACUGUCUUUCAAAGUUCAAAUUAUAUGAAAACCUUCUGGGAAACUGAUAUAGAAAGUGAAAUGGAAUCUGAAAAUAUACCUGUCUGGAAAAUAGCACGACCCACUGCAAACAGAGAUCACUUUGAAGAUGUUACCUUAUCAACUUUAAAUACUACGGACCAAGUAGGUAAAAAUAGAACAAAAAUAUUAACUGUGCAAGAUUUAAAAAACAAAAUCGCUAAUUCUAAGAAAAGAUUGAAUACUGCAACUGAAAUUCAGCAGCCAUUUGAUCAAGAACAAACUAUAAAAAAUGUGAUUCCAAAAGUUGUUAGUGAAAACAUAAAUAAUCAAAUCCAGUUUGUGCCUGAAAAGCCCGCCAUAGAAAAGGAGAAAACUAUUGCUUCAAGUAAUGAAAAUCAGAAGCCAAAUACAUCAGAAAAUUCAAACAUUCAACAAAGUAAAAUGAUAAGAAGGCCCAUCAAAAAAUAUUCUGAGUAUGUGAAAACUGAAGCGAAAAAAAAUAAAUCAAAAGAAAGUAGCAAGACCUCAAAAGAUGCCAAAGCCGCGGUUACUAAUAGCUCACUUGAUACCAGCGAUAAUUUAAAUAUAUCAAGUAGGACGAGAUCCAAACGAAGUGAAAGUGACGAAAGAAAAAUAUCAAACGAAAAUAGUUUUGAACUUAGUGACGAUAUUCACAAUAUUACUUUAAAAAGCUUAAGACCGAGAAAAAAUAAAAUUAAAAACGACACGUUUUGAAAUAGUUACUAAAAUAAGUUAUCAUGCCGUCAACGCUAGCCGAUUUGCUAGAUGAAAUGCUAUACUCAAUCGACGACAUAUGCUUUUUUGCAAAGAGAUUUGUAAUCCUUGCAGUAAUUGGUCGAAGAUAAGCCUAACAACUGAAAUGAGAAACCACAAAAUAUGCCCAUAAAAGUAUGUAACUGGGCCUCGUUGUAGGGUAACUAAAUGAUUUUAAUAAAUCUAAAAAUAAUAUUUUAGUUGAACUAUUAUUUAUGUUAUUAAUUAUUUCUAUUUUUUAUCUAUCAUAAGCCUAAGCCUCUACCAGUAUUUUUCUAUAGUGCAUGCAUGCAUUUGUGAAUUGUAAACUAAAAAUUAAUUAAAUUUUUAAUGAAAAAAUAAAAAAAAAUGUUAUGUAUUCUUUUCCUAAGUUUUGUAUUUUUAGUUUCAUCAUGGAGAGUAGGUAUAGAGUAGAAUAAUUGUAUUAGAUAAAUUACACAAUUGGUAAAAAUAAUAUAUAAAUUGUGAAUUGCGA